UCAGUUGAUUUGUCGAGUUUUCUCUCUUCGCCCUACUUGCAGAGUUUUGUAUGGGAACUGGUCCUGUGUCUCACUUCCGAGACUGAUUUUGCUCGGAUGAACACAAGUACCUGAUCCUAAAACCAUCACUUCUCACUGGAACUGGACGCCCUCCUUCGCCGUUUCAAAAAGACCCGUAGCGUCCAACUGCCCUUGCUCCUUCUAACUGCUCUAUAUAACACCUACACCUCCUUCAAACCCAAAACCGAACAAACAAAAUGUCAUUCCGACCCUCAAGCCGCACGUCCUCCUCCUCUACCUCCUCCGGCUCCUCCACCCGCACCUGCCGCGAAAAGCGUCUUCCCAACUCCACAGCCGUCGACGCGCUCGUCUACUUUUGCGGUCGAGACCCGCGUAAGGUCAAAGCCAUGCGUGUCUACGAGACGACGUACCUCGAUAACGACACAUCGGAUGAUUUCGAUACGAGGAGCAGUUCCAGCAGCUCUAAACGCUCUACACAUUCUGGGCUCUCGUGGGUCAGUGGCGGCAGUAACUCUGGCAGAACAAAGCAGGAGUUUUACUUUAUUGAGUCAAGGGGUGGUGGGUAUUGGCCUGGUGGUGGUGCUGGAUACCAGUUUGGAGAGCAGCCAGCACCGGGAACAGCACCAGGGAAGAAGUGGAAGCCGCCCAAAAACGAGAGUGGGAGGGAGUCUCGUUCCUCGAGACGCUCUAGCAAAAGUGGUGGCAGUCACAGACACAGUCAGGGACAUCGGCGACAAGGACCACCGAGUGACAUAUCUGAGGAAGAAGAAGAGGAAGAAGUCGACGACGGUACAACCAAUGACAGUGCCAGUGUCAGCGACGACGGAAGUGGAAGUGGUUUUAACGAAUACGUCUAUCGAGGAGGUGGAGGCCCUGGGGGCCCUACGAGUUCGAGUUACAGCCCGAGUCCGUUCCCGCCUGGCCAGCCAGGCCCGGGUAUGAUGCCCCCUCCUUUUUCUUCCCCAGCACCACCUCCUCCUGGUUCUUACCCUCCCGGUGGCGGAUUCCCGGGGUACCAUCCGCAGCAACCGAUGUACAACAUGGGCGGCAUGGGUGGUGGUCCUACGCCACCGAUGUCAUCAAUGACACCGCAUGGGGGAUUCCAUCAUCUUCCUCAUCAUCCUCAUCAUCCUCAGAUGCCGACUCCGGGACCAUCUCCUCCUCCAAUGAUGUCUGGUGGUGGUGGACAUUUUCAACAGGAUGGAAAUGGUAUUCAGGUGUUUAUGCCUGAGUGAAAUACUACAGUGAUGAACUACAACAGGCAACAGGGGGAAUCAUCGAUGGGAGGACGGGUUGUUUAUAUGUGUGUGCGUUUGUGUGUUAUGUUAAACUAGAUUCUUUAUGCUUUAGGGUUUUCAAGGCGUGUGCUUGGGUCCCUGGUUUUCCU